CGUCCCUGUGCAUGCAUCCAUGCCCAGAGAGCAGGGCUGACAGAGCAGGCUGGGCAGGAGAGGAAGCUUUGGGGUGGACCUGUGCCAGUCAGAGCCAGGGGUGCUCCUGAGGUCUUUUCUGCAAGCACACAGGUGGUGAGGCGGCCCCCGGGCCUGAGCCAGGGAACCCUACCUGCCUGGGAUGCGCCCUGAAGAAAAUGAGGCUGGGCCUGGAGACGGGGGAGCCGGGAGCACAAGCGAGCACCGCGCCCCUCCCCUAGGGGGCGCAGUCGCCUCCGCACAGAGCCCUCUUCCCGCCUCCUCCAAACCCAGGAGAGCGCGGCCGCCACAAGGGGGCGACACGGGUCCUCGAGGUGCCAUGGCGUCCCGGAACGCUGGCCCGCUGCGCCUGCUCCUCUGGCUGCUGCUGCUGAGGCCUCAGCUGGUCGCGGUCCCCGAGGACGGCGCGACUCCCCGCCUCCCGCGUGACCCGUUCCCCCCUAAGGCAGCGACGCCCGCGCCCACGGCGACCGCGAAACCGCCGGUCCUUCCCAAAGCCUGUGGUCAGAGGAAGAUAAUCGGAGGAGUGCCAGCGGCAGAGCGGAGGUGGCCCUGGCAGGUCAGCCUGCAGGCCCAGGGCGCACAUGUUUGCGGGGGCACCCUAAUCAGCAGCCGGUGGGUGAUGACCGCAGCACACUGCAUAUUAGACACUCUGGACUACACAGUGAAGCUUGGAGACACAGAUCUGAAGCAUGAGGCCCCAACGGCUGUUGUGGUCCCGGUCAGAGACAUCGUUAUCCAUCAAAAAUUCACCCGCAUUGGAGGACUCUUCAGAGACAUCGCCCUGGUGCUGCUGUCCUUCCCUGUGAAUUACUCCACGCACAUCCAGCCCGUGUGCCUCCCUACCACAUCCUUCCGGUUAGAAGCUGAUACUCCAUGCUGGGUGACUGGAUGGGGAAAAACACGUGAAGACGACAAGCCAAAUAACCAACCGACUCAUCUUCAGGAGGCUGAGCUGAACAUAGUUGAAUAUCGCAAUUGUAAUAAGAUCCUCAAGAAAGAGCUGAAGAUGCUCAUGAACCCUGUCAGGAAAGGGGGCAUUUGUGCUUAUGCUGAAGGAAAAGACUCCUGCCAGGGAGACUCUGGGGGCCCUCUUGUCUGUGAAUUCAACAAUACAUGGGUGCAGAUGGGCAUUGUAAGCUGGGGCAUUGGCUGUGCCCGCAAAGGAAUUCCAGGAGUCUAUUCAGAUGUCAGGUUCUACAAGGACUGGAUUGUGCAAGUAGUGAGUCGGUCUACACGCUGGGACAUGGCAGGCCUCCUCAUGCCACACCUGUGUCUGCUGCUGCACCUGGCAUGGUGGUGACCCUGUGGUCACCCUGCCUGUUCCCCCUGGUUCUGAGUCUCCCCCUAGCGCUUUUCUCUUACCCUCUUCCCUUCCAGUGCCCUGUGUUCAUGUUCCAGUUUGACCCAUCACCCCUGGAAACCCCACAGUGGAGCUGAGCAAGUCAACUGGGCCUGCAAAGGGCCCUCGCCCUAAGUACUGGUCACUGCUUCUACCACACAUACACUAGGCUGUGCUGUGCCUGAGCGAAGUGGGGUGAGGCCAGGUCAGAGGCCCAGCAUCUCGCCAAGGAGCAUCUCCCCUUUUAAGCUCUCCACAAGAACAUCCAAACACAGACAUCCCCAGUCAUGGAGUGAGCCCUAGACCUGGCCCUGGUGUCAGGCUGUGCCCUGAGCCUCUGUGAGGUCAACCAACCGGGUGACUGGUGCGAGUGAGAAGCAGGUGUCACCAGGUCCCUGCACAGGUGCCAGGCUGGGACUCCACAUGGUGUCUGGGCUGGAAGAAGUCCCCUGUGUCUUGGCGUGGGCCCGUUUAUCUGGGGACAGCCUUAGGCACACUCCUGUAUUGCUGCUUGCAUCCAGGAGCAGCCCACAUUUUGCUGAGGCUGUUUAAGCAUGUGGGAAUUUCACAGGGUACUGUAUAAAUGUUUGGACAAUG